AUGGGCGAUGUUCGAAUUGAUGGCUUCAAUCAAAGUUUUAACACAAUUGAUGACUUGAUUGGGUGUUAUGUUUGCUUUCGUGACAAAGAAUUAAAACUCCAAUUACAAGUAAUUGACGACGAACUCGACGACGUUAUUAAUGAAGACAUUGGCCAGACUGAUAACCUUCCCCAACUGCUACGUACAGAACCGGUAGCUCCAGAUGGUCUCGAUAGUGGUAGAUUUUUAAGACACAUUGGCCUGACUGAUAAUCUUCCCCAACGGCUACCUACAGAACCGGUAGUUCCAGAUGAUCUCGAUAAUGGACAAGAAAGACUCCAAACUGCCCAAGAUGGGAUUUUAGAUUGGAUUUAUGAUUUUCGUGGAAUCAGCAAUCAUGAGAUUCGUCAAAAUGAAUUUAAAAAUCAGUCUCAGCGAAAAAAAAAAAUUUCAGGUCUUUUGGGUAAACGUAACUCUACUUUUAGAAAAGAUAUUCAGGAACGAAAUAAAGAAAUGCUUAAAAAAUUAUUCAAAAUUGAACUAAAUAAAUGCCUGUUAGGGCCAUGGGAUCUUUAUCUACAUGAGGUCUUUAUUCGAUUGAAAAAACUGAUAAAAGAAUCUUUGUCAGCGAAAGAGAAUCAGCGUAUACUUGCUAUCAAUAGUACAACUACUGAUAUGAGUGCUAGAGUGAAGAAAUUUGAGCCAGUGUUGGUAAAAAUUAUUUUUUCUGCAUCAUAUGGAUUUAUUUACAAGUAUCUGAAAAUACCAGAGCAAUCUAGCACCUUCGAUGUGGCCAAAAUAGGGCAAAAUUUUGAGAGCAUGAUCAAAGCAAGUGUGCCUAAAAAGAAACUAGAGUACGUUACUAAAACAUUCGAAAUGCUACCAGAAUCGUACCAGGAUUUAAAGACCAUGGCAUACAGCAUUAGUAAAACCUCCUUAUCUAAGCUAGUUUACGAAGCCGAUUAUAUUGAAAAUUUAAUCGACCAUGAAAUUUUAAAUGAAGAAUCUAACAAAAAGGCCUUCGUGACAUUUAGAAAUGCUUUACUAUUCUUACAAAAGCUAGAUUUGUCAGGAAAGGAAUACUUGUAUAGAAUAAUUGAAAAAGAUCAAGAAAUUGUUAGAGUGAUAUUAAUGCCAGAUAUAUGUAAUGGCUAUCCAUUUAGUCAAGUUGUUGCUUUAGAUCUUCAGGAAACCAUUAGUGAUUUAUAUAAAAAAUGCAGAUCAUUUGCGACAAAAUUAUUAGGACCAUCAUUUAGUUGCAACUUCCACGUUUUGAGUUUGGUGGACGCUAAUAAUAAAUUGAAAUUCAUGAAAGAGGAUGAAAGUAAAGUCCAGUUGGCUAUAUAUGGGUUGAAACAAGACGAUUACUAUGAGGCAAUACCAUCCGAAUUUACUACUUUCGUAUUUCAUCCGGAUAAGACUGCUGACAGUCAUAUUUAUGAAUAG